AUCAGUGCACCUGACCCCCCAGAGCAGACGAAAGGAGAGAAGAUGGGGCGAUUUUCUGUGUUUUCUUUACUUUACUGGCUUUGCGUUGUCAAAGCAUCCCCUGUGUAUUUUAUUGACGAUUCUGCUGGACUAGGCAGGCGAUAUGAUGGCAUCGGGGGCCUUAGCGGAGGCUCGGCAACAUCAAAAUUAUUGAAAGCUUAUCCUGAAAAACAGAGAAAUGAAGUCUUGGAUUACCUGUUCAAGCCCAACUUUGCUGCUUCCCUGCAAAUACUAAAAGUUGAAAUUGGAGGUGACUCACAAAGUUCAGAUGCUACUGAGGCGUCCCACAUGCACAACAGCUGGGAGGAGAACUACCAGAGAGGGUACGAGUGGUGGCUCAUGGGAGAAGCAAAGAAGAGGAACCCCAACAUCAAGCUGUAUGGACUUCCGUGGAACUUCCCCGGCUGGAUUGGAAAUGGGACCCAGAACCCGUACCAGAGCCCUGAUGUCCUGGCCAGCUACAUACAGAAGUGGGUCCAGGGUGCCAGGGACGCCCACAACCUCACCAUAGACUACAUCGGGAUUUGGAAUGAAAGACCAUAUGACAUCACAUACAUUAAGCUGUUGAGACAAGUCCUCGAUGACACGGGGUUCUCCCAUGUGCGUAUUGUGGCGGCGGAUGGCGUGUGGGGGGUGGAACAGGAUAUCUUGAAGGACAAAGACCUUGCAGCAGCAGUGGAUUACAUCGGUGUACAUUACCCUGGCACUAAGUCAACAGUGGAUGCCCUUCACACCGGCAAGCAGCUGUGGUCAUCUGAAGACUACAGCUCCUUCAACAACAACAUCGGCGGGGGCUGCUGGGCCAGGAUUUUAAACCAAAAUUAUGUCAAUGGAUUCAUGACAAGCACAAUUGCAUGGAACCUUAUAGAUAGUUACUACGAGGGUUUACAAUGGGAUCGUGACUCGUUGAUGACAGCCAGACAACCAUGGAGUGGCUACUAUAGUGUGGAGAGCCCCAUUUGGAUGUCAGGCCACACCACCCAGUUCACCCAGAUAGGAUGGACAUACCUGAAGCAUGGGUCGGGAGUUGGUCUGUUAGACAGUGGAGGCAGCUACGUCUCACUCGUCAGCCCAGAUGGAAAGGAUCUCUCGAUUGUCAUAGAGACUAUGACUCACGACCACUCCAAGUGUAUCCGCCCCAGGCUGCCACCCUACACUGUGGAACCACAGACCAUCACCCUAGACAUUGGAGGAAGCUUUGGAAGUCUUCAAAAGCUGAAUGUCUGGUACAGCAAGCUUGGGUUUAAUGACACGGACACACAGUCUGUCUUCUUCAAGUCUCUCUCCCCAGUACAGGUGACCAGUGGCAAGGUUAGCCUACAGGUUGGCUUGGACGAGAUCUACACCCUGACUACUCUCAACACUGGCCGCAAGGGGGACUAUGGAACACCUCCUCCAUACCGCCCCUUCCAGCUACCUUAUACAGAAGACUUUGAAAGUUAUGAAAAUCAUGCAGAGCCCUUGCUUAUGGCUCAGCAAAAUGGGGCAUUUGAAGUGGUCCACAUCGACGCCACGGUAGGCAAUGUUAUGAGGCAGAUGGUGCUGGAGCCGCCCAUUGUGUGGUGCCCCACGUAUGACAAGUUCAACGCCACCAUGAAUCUCCUCGGUGCAGUGACAUGGCAUGACGUUUACAUCGACACCGAGGUCCAGGUGAGCAAAGUGAAUGGUACGGGCGGCAUCUAUGUGGCCGCCCGGAUAAACCUGACUGGCUGUUACACCUUUUCAUCUGGAGGCAUCUUCUUCUUCCUCUUCCCUGUCAAUGAGUCGUACAUUGUGUCUAAUGACAUAGGGAGAAUAAAUAUCAUCAAAGAGGGUUCUCAGACUCUGUCCAGCCCAUAUGGAUGGAACCAAUUGUCACUGUCAGUACAGGAUCGCCAAGCAGUCGGCCAUGUGAACGGAGACCUUCUGUUCAACAUAUCAGUUCCAGAUGUACCAUCACAAGGGUUUGCAGCAGUAGGCACAAGUGAUUACGGCAUAGCGGACUUCGACAACUUGCAACUAGCGAACUCUAUGGAGGAAGCUGUGCAGGGUAAAAGUAACAGGAAGAAUGGGGACAGCUACAGUAGAAAGAGUCAUGAUGAUACUCUAUAUUUCAAGCCAGGCAGGCACUGAUACUGCAUUGACCUCUUGGGUAUAAGGCCUUGAAAUGAUCAGUAUUUGAUUCAGAGUUAAGCAUGAAAAUCAAUGGGUCCCACCCUCUAUAUCUCCAGGGCUAGCUUUUCGGUAAACUUACACUAACCCCUGGGCCCAUCCCCAUGGCUGUCACAAUCUAAAAUUAACCGCCCAAUAUAUCCUUUAGCCAAAGUUUAGUUGAAAGACUGACUGACAUGCAAAAGAAAGCCCUAAAAAAUCUUUUUGAUGGAAAGGAGGUCUUCAUGUCCAUCAAAACUGGUGGUGGCAUUGGUUUCUAGGCAACACAAGUUACCUCUCUUACCCCUUUUCUUUAUCCUUAUCUCAACUUUAGAUCGGUCAGUAAAAUGUUAAGGAAAUUCAAGGGCAGGUAAUUUAAGAUUAUGAGAACUACGGAGAUGGGUCCAGGGGUUAGUAUGGGUUUACCAAAAUGCUAGCCCUGGAGAUAUAGAGGAUGAAUGGGUCCUUGUUAUAAUCGUAAUGUUAAAUGUUAAAAACUUUUUUACAUUCUGAUUGGUACAUAAGACCUAGUUGUGUGAUGAUACAUUGCGUCUUGUGUAUAGGGCCUAUAAUGUAUCAGUAUUUGAUUCUGUGAAAUGUCUGGUGCAAUCACUGUGUCUUCCAUAGGGACAAAUAUCAAUUUGCUUCUCAUGCACCUUGGUAUCAGAAAGACAUCUUUGCAUGUUAGCAUUUUAGGACGAAGAACCCUGAAUACGGUGAAGUAUUUGCCAGCAGGUGAUUUUAUUUUUCUCACCCAGCAUUAGUCUUUCACAAUAUUUGAUACUUGAUUCACUGAAACACUAAUCACUAUAAUAUUACAUGAUCACAUUGAUCAUGAUCAAACUAAAUACUAGAAGCAUGUUAAUCUGAUGCCCUUUUUGCUGUAUUGAAGAUUGAUGAACCAGUCCAAAAGACUAGAAUUAAGUUGGUUCUAUCCAGAGGUGACUCUGUCAUAAAGGUCAGUAUUUGACUUGAGUAUCCACAUGGGGAUUCUGGAUAGAAUAUGUCCCUACUAACCUAUACUUGUAAGAGGUGACUUAAUAGAUCAGAAUGUCAGACUCGGUGAUUUGGUGGAUUGGGUGCCUAUUGACAUGGAAUGAUGCUCAUCAUGUCAGCCUCUGGUUGGUCUGCCCUUUCUUGUUUAUCUAAUUACAAGUGCUGUGAUACUGCUGGACUGUUGCUGACUGUUCAAUGGGAAACAAACAAAUAAUAUGAUCAUACCUCCAUGUCAGAAUGAUGAGAUCUCAUUAGUUCGCAUGAUCUUAAUAAAAAUAGUAUGUAAAAAUGUAUCACGCCUGAGAAGGAAAUAUAUUUCUCUUAUACCCCACCAUGAACAAGACGGGCUGCACAUGGAUUUCUGAAAAGGAGAAUAAAUCCCUUAUAUCCUGCCACAAACAAGACAGACUGCAUGUGGAUUUCUAAGAGGGAGAGUAAAUCCUGUAUUCCCUGCUUUGAACAAAACAGGCUGCACGUGGAUUUCUGAGAGGGAGAAUAAAUCUCUUAUAUCUCACUUUGGAGCAAUAGGCCCCACGCAUUUUCUGAGUCAAUAAAAAUCAUGUGACAGCACAAGUUAACAUCAGCUCAAUCAAACAGCUGUUUUCUAUAAAUUUUAAAUUUGUUUUUAUUCUUUUACAAUGUAAUAUUAAAACAUGUCAAUAUGAUAAGCCGUAUCACUCGGGGUGUUUUUUUGCGUCACUCGUUAGGCUUUAUACAACUCGCCCACUUAUAAUUUGGGCAUAUAGUGACGGAAAAGUGCCUUAUAAUGGACUUGGUGCUGUUUUCUUCCACUGUAAGGCAGCAGUAGUAGUUGUUUCCAAAUAUUUGGUUAAGAAAGUAACAUCAUGUGGUAGGAAAUAUGUCAGUUGUAAAACAUUCCAUGUAUUUAUGCUCAACCUGCUACCUCUAGCUGUUGUCUGUUCUGGUGGUGUAUUUCUGUAUGUGCUUAUUCAAUGAAUGGUGACACUUUAGUUUUAUAUUUAUGGAUUUGUCCAACCAGAGCCAAAAAUCACAGUCAGAAAAAUGAAUGAAAAAUGUUUCUUAACUGGGAGAUAAUCUUAGGCUAUGUUAUCCCGUGGUUAUUUGAUGAUGCCAAAUUGAAUUUUGAACCAAACGUGCAACAAAUGUACAUUUAAUUUUUUUUCUACAUUCCACAUAAGAGAACUAAAUACAAACGCUUUGGUUUUAGCAGAGAUAAUGAGUUAAGAGGCUUGGUUGAGUUCACUUUUUAAUAGGCUGUCAGUUUGUAUUAAGGAAACGUGACAAAAGCCAAUAGACAAUUACAGUGCUGAAUAUACUCAAAUAUUCUCCUCAAAAACUCUUCUAACAUCAAUAUACUUUAAUUACAUAAACUGAGAAAGUAUGCUGAGUUUGUAUUUUAUGUAAUUGAUAAUUAAAAGAACUUUUAACCAUCACUCAUUCCUGCAACAGUUUAUUUAAACUAAUCUUUACCUGGGUAAUUUUGUGUGAAAAUAUAUGGGUUCAAUGAAGACUAGGGUACGAAAUACAUUUGCAACCACAUGAGUUAUACCAUGUUUGAAAUGUUGUAAAUUUGUUCCUAAAACAUCACGCAUGUUGAGAUGCCCAACGCUAACACCAUAUUCGUGCACCCUUUCGAGUUGAGUUGAUUGGUUCAACUGUGUCAUAUGGCCCUGUGACGCAGGGGUAGCAUUAUGCAGAUGGCUGUUUCAAUGAAUGCUCGUU